AUGAAGAGGAGAACCAAGGACAGAUCGGAUCCGCGCGGGAAGCAAGAUCGAACACAGUUGACGAUACUAGGCGCGCAGUCGUCGGCACCGCGGUCCACUCGACGUAUCGACUUCAACAAGAGAACAGAAGCUACAAUGGGAUUCUUCAGCCACGACAGCGAUGAGCAGCGCGCUCACCAAGAGGUUUACCAAGGCGGCGAGCAGCACAAGUCGAAGUUCUCGCACGAGCUGCUCGCUUCGGCCGUCAGCUUUGCAGCUGUUCACGAAUACGAGGAACGCCAGAAGAAGGAGGGCAAGCCCGUCAAGCACGAAUUUGCUAAGGAGAUGAUUGGCGGUAUCGUUGGCGCCGAGACUGACAAGCUUUUCGAGACCAAGGGCCUCAACGAGUUUGACCGUGAGAAAGUCAAGUAUGAGGCACGCAACCGUGCUGAGCGUCAGUACGACAACUACUGA